AUGGCCCCGAAUGACGUCGUGCUCAACGUGAAACUCUAUUACGGCAUCAACAUAAGCUAUUUUCUUGCUUGGAAGGCACUUGCUGCGGGGAAGCAUCAUGUGUUUGGUGAUGCUACGACGUCGUACUCGUACUUGCCCUUGUAUUUUGAAGAGCUUGGGCGUAGCAAUUCGGGCAGCGUGUACCAUCUUGAUGUCGAUCCAGUAUCAAUGAAGUUUAAGAGGUGUUUUUUUGCUUUCGAAGGGAGUUUGUCGGGGUUUAAGGCAUGUCGCCCUAUGUUGGCUCUUGAUGGGACCUUAUUGUCUGGGAAACACAGGGGAAUCCAUCUAAGUGCGUUGGCAAAAGACAGUGAAAAUGUGAACGAGGAGACUGAUGACAACUGGGCGUAUUUUCUACGACAUUUAAAAACUGCUAUUGGAACAGAUCGUGUGUUGACAUUCUUAUCGGAUCGUAACCAUGGAAUUUUGCGUGGUGUGAAUGAAAUAUGCCUUGAUUGUGGACACAUAUUUUGCCUUGUCCACUUGCAGAACAACCCGCUGCACAAGUGUAGAGGCUUCCCGACUAAUUUUCGAGAGGGCAUUGUUGCUAAAUUCAAUGCUUGUGCAUAUGCACCGACGAAGAUUGAGUUCCAUAAAAAAUUGAAUGAGUUGAAAGAAUAUGGAGGUGCAAAGGUAGAUAAUUUUAUUGCUGACUUACCCUUUGCUAACUGGAUAUGUUCGUAUUUUGUCGGAGAUCGGCAUAAUGAGAUGACCUCAAAUGCUGCUGAGUCGUGGAACUCGAAGAUCAAGGGUGCUCGUGAUUUGCCUAUCACGAAUUUUAUUGAUUAUAUCAGGGGUGAAAUCAUGAUAAAUAUUAACAUAAGGGCUGAGGAAGGGGCGACGAUGACAACGGAGCUUAGCUCCAAAGUCCAUGAGCAAGUAGAUCAAUUGGUUCAAGAAGGUAGAGUAUGGGUGGCGAGGAAGCCGUCGGAUCAUAUGUUCGAGGUUCUAUGCGAUCCAACUGCAGUUGUUGAUAUAAAAGAAAUAGUGUGUUCGUGCAGGAUGUGGCAGAUCACUGGAUUGCCUUGUGCUCAUGCUGCUUGUGUGUUGUUCAAUAAUACUAACGAGGGCUAUAAAUAUGUUGACAAAUAUUACCGCACAUAG